GCCCCGUCUCAGCACACUGCUGCACACAAACACACCUCGAUCCCAUUCUCUGAUCGAUCGCUCCAGCUCAGUCUUAGCUCCAGCAAGCUCUAACUAGCCAACUAGCCACUCUUCGUAUACAGAUUAACCUCCUGAUCAUCACCAAUGGCCACUGCCGAGGUCCAGACCCCGACCGCCGUGGUGACCGAGGAGGCGCCCGUGGUGGAGACCGCGACGCCGGCGGUGGUGGCCGAGGAGGCACCCAAGGAGGAGACCCCCGCGCCGGCUGAGGCCGUGGCCGAGGAGGCGCCCCCCGCCGAGACCGAGGCGCCCAAGGAGCCGGAGCCAGCCGCUGCCGAAGCGGAGCCCGAGGCAGCCGUUGCCGAGACCGAGCCAGCCGCGGCUGAGGCUGAGGCACCAAAAGAGGCCGAGGCAGAGCCGGUGGCCACUGAGGAGGUGAAGGAGGAGGCAGCCUCGCCUGCCGCUGCCGAGCCAGAGCCAGCAGACGCCGCGCCAGAGGCCGCUGCUCCUGCCGCUGAUGCUGUCGAGGCACCGGCGCCGGAGGAGGCACCCGCCGCUGAGCCCGCGGCCGAGCCGGCCGCCGCGGAGGCCGAGAAGGCCAGCGAGUGAGGCCGAGCCCGAGCGCCCAGGGAGAUGUCUCAGCGUCGCCUGCCCCGUGCCGUGGCAGCGUGGCACGGCGGUGGCAGUCGUGUGCGUACGUACGUGGCACCGGCUUGCUGUUUAGUGCUACGGUUACUGGUGAUGUGGUGUACCUUGCAGUAGCUGUUGUUUGGGGCUGUCGGGUGCGGGGAGUGGAGUGACGUGGGCUAAAUAAAGUGUGUCACGGGCUGUGGGGCCCAGUGUCAGUGCGCAGUGCCUCAUGCCUGCCGUUCCGGAUUGUGUUUUGUGUGGUCCGUGUUCUCAUGUACGAGUGUUAAUGUUUGUGUUAUCGUUUUGGUUAA